CAAGAAUAAUCGAUUUUGUAUGGUUGUAUGUACGUCUAUUACUCAGAAAUUGUUCGCGGACGGACCAUGUUAAGACAUAGAAUAUAUUUUGUGUUGGUAAGUUUUUUUAAAUUCAUACAUAUAUAUAAUCACGUCCUAUGCGGGGAAGACAGAACGGUUUUGAAAAGACUGAUAGGCCACGUUCAGCCGUUUGGCAUUAUGAUAGAAUUUAGAUUUAUAUAGCGACAGGUUGCUAGCCCGUCGCCUAAAAGAAGAAUCCCAAUUUUAUAAGCCUAUAUCCCUUAGUUGCCUUUUACAACAUCAACAUUUGUUUUUUUUUUUAAUUUUCAUAACCUAAUUCAAAAUAUGGGAGAUAGCGAGCCACAAAGAAAAGCAUUACCAUUUAAAAUUAUUAUUAAAAGCAAAACCUAUAAGUAUACAACGCAAUUACGGGUGAUAUACAGGGUGACAUUUAAAAUAACUGCAUCCUUUUAAACAUAGACUAUACCCAUGCUUCUGAGCUGUUUGAGCCUAUUUUUAUUUAAAUUAAACGUUGAUGACGUUUAAUUUAAAUAAAAAUAGGCUCAAAAGUUUUUUAGGGGUUUUUAAAUGUGACGUAGUUACGUCACACGCUUUAUUAAAGACCAAUACUACAAAAAGAAAUUAUAACUAAACAUGUAAAUACAUUUCUGAAAAAUAAAUUAUUUUUCUAGUAUCAAGAUCAAGUAAAGUACAGAGUUGUCGAGAUCGCUCAGCUGAAUGAAUUGUGUCGUUGACCUCUGAAUCUUACGCGUCGCUUUUCCGCCGGCCGGGGUGAUGUGACGUAUUUAGGAUCGUGGAUUUUGAUACUUUUAUUUUUUUUUCGUACUUUCUGAAAUAUGAACCGAUAUUUUUCUUUUAACGUUUUAAAAUAUCCUUUAGAUGAGUACACUUAACAGUUAAAUUUAUGCAGUUGAAUUAAAAGUCACCCUGUAUGUACAUCUGUAUGUGGCCCACUGUACUUAAAUACUUAUUAACUUUCACCCAUAGAUAUUGGUACAAUAUAGUAAUUGUAAAGUCUCAUUCCAUUUUUAUUUAUCAUCAUUUUUCAUUGUUUCAAUUCCAUCACUAAGCCAUAAAUCUGAACGUGGCCUGUCAAUCUUUCGAGGCUGCUGACUCUGUCUACUCCCAAGAUAUAUAGACGUGAUUAUAUGAUUGAUUUGAUCCCAUUUUUUCUUUAUACAGGUAUCCUUAGCGAUUCCAACAUUUCUGGACGGAAAACCACCUAGUUAUAGAUCAAGUAAGUACAUUAUUACUACACUUUCGCCCAGGACAUAGCUCAAUAGCUCCCUUGGGAAUUAAAAAAAAAACUUGAUGAAAUGAUAAUAAUUAAUAAAUAUACGGGACAAAUUAUACAGAUUGAGUAAGCCUCGAAGUAAGUUCGAGUCUUGUGUUACAAUAUAAUAACACAACGAUGCUAUCGAUCUUAAAAUUAUCUCUCGUCACUCUUACCUGCGACGUUUUACCUAAACGUCUCAAACUUGGAUGAAGCGAAAGAAGUAUUCAGGACAAUGGUUAUAGGAAAGAUGUACCCUAACCUUAGCGUUUCAGGUGUGGUCACUAACGGCAAACCGAUCCUGAGACUGAGGGAUGACUCGUCUCAACAUGAGGACGAAGCGGCGAUAAUACCAGAUGACAAGAACGAAGAUGCGAAACAUGACACAGUAUCAUCAGAAGUGCCACUGGAAGACGUGGACAAUCCAGAAGCCUGGGUGGAGGAUGCCCAGGAGGCAAUAGCCAGGAUCCAGGAAGACCUGGGUUCUAAGAACGCUGAGCCCUUCAUCAAGAAGCUGAUAAAUGGAAAAACAAAAUUAUCCCUUGAGAAAAUUGAGGAGGAAGAGUUAGAACAACCCAUUGCGAGAGCCAAGAAGGCCAAGUUGUGGUCAAAUAAGAGAGAAGAAGACGAUCAUCAUGCAGUACAAACCCCGGAAUGGAUACCAGACAUGAAGUCUUACGUGAGAUAUCUGGUAGAUAGACAUGGGAACCAAACUAAAAUUAAUAUUCAUAUGAAACCUAUCGUCAGAUCUGUGGAGAAAGCGAAUCAUGUCAUUAUUCAAGACAUUGACGGUAUGUUUAAUUUCCUCUUUCUUUCUACCAAUUAACUUUAGCAAAAUUUAAUUUAGAAAAUUUAAUAGUAGCUAUAUUUUUUUUGUAUAUAAUAAUUUAAUAAGCUGUAAUAAUGCGUAUUCACUCUUGCCUUGAAAAUCCCCAAGUUUUAUGUAUGGGGAAGAGAGACGCAUGGAAUUCCAAAUCUUAUAUAAAAUAAGUUCUUUUUGUUAUAAUUCAUGUGGAAUAUACUAACUAUAUGUAUAUGACGGCCUCUGUGGCGCAGCGGUAGUGCGCUUGUCUGUGUCGUGAAACGAACUUUCUCUGAUUGGCCUGGGUCUUGGAUGUUUAUCUAUAUAUAUGUAUUUACUAUAAAAUAUGGUAUCGUUGAGUUAGUAUCUCGUAACACAAGUUUCGAACUUACUUCGAGGCUAACUCAAUCUGUGUAAUUUGUCCCGUAUAUAAAAAAAAAUCUAUAUUAAUAUUUUUCUCUUACGUUUUUGUGAUAACAUAAUGUAAAUUCAUUGGUCAAUUUAUUUUAUUUUUCGUUUACAGUUGAUCAGUUUGGUAAGUGAAAUGGGUUUAAGUAUAUAAGUAUACCCUAUCAAUUCCGCGGGAACUCUGGGAUAAAAAGUAGCCUAUGUGUUAUUCUGGGUCUUCAGCUACCUACAUACCAAAUUUCAUGGUAAUCGGUUCAGUAGUUUUUGCGUGAAAGAGUAACAAACAUCCAUACAAACUUUCGCCUUUAUAAUAGUAGUAGGAUAGGAUGUAUGGGUUUAAGUAUAUACCUUGUUGUACUCAUAUUAUGCAAAUAAAAGUUUGAAUUUGAAUUAUUUUUUGUUUUGGUUAUAAGAACACAACAUUUUUUAUGCUAGUUCCCGGCACCAAUAUAAAAAAUAACAGGACCACUCCAUCUCUUUUCCAUCGAUGUCGUAAAAGGCGACUAAAUGAUAGGCUUAUAAACUUGAGAUUCUUCUUUCACAUUUUUUUUUCAAGCCACACUACAUCUGCCUAUUUUUUAUGUCUAUGGUUUGACUAUUGAUAGUUUUUUAUCGUAUCGAAAGUUUUAUUUAUCUAAAAACUCGGGAGCAAUAAAUGAUUAAUCUUAAUUUCUUAUUUUACAGGAGAAGUGCAAAUUAAAUAUAAAUCAAAAAGAGAUAA